GAUGGCCCCCAGAGGAAAAAACGGAAGUCUGAAGUUGCAGAAGUGGACAAGCAGUUAGAUAUCCUGGCUAUUGGUACAGCAGUUGGUAGCAUUUUGUUGUACAGCACAGUAAAAGGAGAAUUACAGAGCAAGCUAGAUGGUGGUCAUGACAGUAGAGUAAACUGUGUGAGAUGGCAUCAGGACAACUGCUGCUUGUAUAGCUGUUCAGAGGACAAACAUAUUGUGGAAUGGAACACACAGACCUGCAAAGUAAAGUGCAAGUGGAAAGGUGACAAUAGCAGUGUUACCUCUCUAUGCAUCAGUCCAGAUGGGAAAAUGCUGCUGUCAGCUGGUAGAACUAUAAAACUGUGGGACCUGGAGACCAAAGAAGUCUACAGACAUUUCACAGGCCAUGCUACAUCAGUGUCAUCAUUAAUGUUUACCACAGUGAAACCUAUGAAUGAAAAUAAGCCCUUUGAUGGAAUUACAGGGCUUUAUUUCUUGUCUGGAGCUAUACAUGACCGAUUACUGAGUGUAUGGCAGAUCAGAUCAGAUAGGAAAGAAAAGAAUGCUGUGAUGUCUUUCACAGUAACAGAUGAACCAACUUUUAUUGACCUGACUGUAUCGGAAGUCAAAGAAGAGCCUGUGAAGUUAGCAGUUGUGUGCAGAGAUGGGCAGUUGCAUUUAUUUGAACAUAUCUUAAAUGGUUAUUGCAAAAAACCCUUAACAUCAAACUGUACUAUCCAGAUAGCAACGCCUGGAAAUGAUGGGGACUCCACACCAAACCCAGUCCCUAUUCUAGCAGCUGCAUUUUGCGCAGACAAACAGUCUCUGCUGCUUGUGUAUGGAAACACCUUACAGCCCAUCAUAGAGAAAGUGUCUUUGAACACCACUGAAUCCCACGUGUGUUUGAUAAGGGACAUACAGAAAGUGUUGUCACUUAAAACAGAUGUUGCUCUAACAAAGGUAAAGACGCCUGUUGUGAACUCAGACACCAAAGUUCUAGUGCCUGGCAUUCCAGGGCAUAGUACAGCUGUCAAAACUCCAUCCUUGGGAAAGGAGAAAAAGAAAAACAAGAGGAAACCAGGAGACACAGAGGAAAGCAUUGAAGAGCGGCUAGAGGCAUUGGAUAUUGAUGUGAGCAAAGUAAAAACUCCAGGUGGCCUUCCACAAACAGAUAGCUUUGCGGUACUUUUGGUUCAGGGCUUGGAAAGCAAUGAUGCAGAAAUCUUAAAUAGAGUGCUUAACACAAGAAAGGAAAAUGUAAUCAAGAACACAGUAGCCAGAAUGCCUAUACAUGCUGUCAUUCCACUGCUGCAUGAGCUUACGAAGAGAUUGCAGGGCAACCCAUACAGUGCCUCACUAAUGGUUCGAUGGCUGAAGUCUGUUUUUACUCUGCAUGCAUCCUACCUUUCCACAUUGCCAGACCUUAUUCCUCAGCUGGGAAUGCUGUACCAGUUAAUGGAGAGCAGAGUAAAAACUUUGCAAAAGCUUUCCCGUCUGCAUGGAAGACUGUUCAUUCUUGUCACCCAGGUUGCAGCAUCGGAAACAGUUCAGGAUGUAACUGAGGUUAAUCAGACUGCAAAGCUGGUCUAUGAGGAUGGUAAGUGUCAUACGCGAGGUGUAGCUCAGCUCCUGAAUUCACGUGAUGGCCGACACUUGGUGGCUGUUCGUCAUGCUCCUGUGCUUAUUUAUAAGUGGACAAUCUGCAAGUAG